GUCCUCCGAUACACAACCCAACCAAGCCGCACUGCUUCUUAACACAGCGCGCAUCCAACCCGGAUGCCAGCCGCACCAAUGAAUUAUCCUCUUUCGUUAGCAGCUCAGUGUAGCUACCUCUAUCGUGACAGUGCCAGUCACGCAAACCAAGCAAGCGUGCCGUGCACGGGUGCGUGGAUCCAAUAUUCUCCUGGUUCCCAACCCAGCAGCUCGUGGUUGAAGAUUUGGAUAACGACUCAUGGUCUGCGCAAUUUGAGUUUGAAUAAUCAUAAGAACCACGGCUCUGCUACCUCGAACACGCCCACCACCAAGACUAGUUCUGGUACAACCGUAUCGGUGAACGGGGUCACGGGGAACGUGAUUCAGGACGGAGUACCCGACGGUGGCACGAGCAGUAGUGAGGCGAGAAUGCAAGGGACGAUUAAUCCGAAAGGCGAUAAUAAAAUAGAACAGCUAUCCGAUUUAUUGGAGGAAAAUAUCAACCAGCAUCCUGCGGGGAAGGGCAGUAGUGGUGCCGGAUUUGUGGGUGGCACUGCAUUCGGUAGCUGGAGAGGAAGAGAGAGAGAAUACGAAUUUGGGAACAGACGGAUGAGAGACAACCGAGCGAGCACUUUCGGUUUUAACCGCAGUUUAUUGAGUAUUAGCUGCAACUCUACGGUGGACGAAACUGGAUGCCGUAGAGUUGGUUACACGGACACGCCUUGGAAAACCAGAAACUACACUGCAGGGAUUUUGGGGCUCCAUGAGGAGAUCCAGGACUUCUAUGCCUACAUGUCUCCGCGGCCGGAGGAGGAGAAGAUGAGGAGGGAGGUGGUGGAGAGGAUAGAGUGGGUCAUUAAGGACCUUUGGCCCAGUGCUGACGUUCAAGUAUUUGGAAGUUUCAGCACGGGUCUCUAUCUACCCACUAGUGACAUUGACCUGGUGGUGUUUGUGAAGUUCAGGGAAGGAGACACCCUCCCUCUGUGGAGGUUAGAAGAGGCGCUGAGGAAACACAAAGUGGUGGAGGAGAAUUCUGUCAAAGUGCUGGACAAGGCCACGGUGCCAAUCAUCAAACUGACAGACUCUCUCACGGAGGUCAAAGUUGACAUCAGUUUCAACAUGAAGAAUGCUGUCAAAGCUGCUGCCCUCAUCAAAGAUUAUAAAAAGAAAUAUCCUGUGCUUCCGUACCUGGUGCUAGUCCUGAAGCAGUUCUUAUUACAAAGAGACAUGAAUGAAGUGUUUACAGGAGGCAUCAGUUCCUACUGCCUCUUCCUUGUCGCUGUCAGCUUCUUACAGCUCCAUAGCAGGGAGAACGCCUGCAGUCCCAACGCCAACACUGGUGUCCUACUCAUAGAGUUCUUUGAGCUGUACGGCCGCCAUUUUAACUACCUGAAGACGGGGAUCCGGAUCAAGGAUGGGGGCUGCUACCUCUCCAAAGACGAGGUCCAGAAGAGCAUGCUGGAUGGAUACAGACCUUCCCUGCUCUACAUUGAAGACCCACUGCAGCCAGGUAAUGAUGUGGGCCGUAGCUCAUACGGGGCCAUGCAGGUGAAGCAGGUGUUUGAAUAUGCCUUCAUGGUGCUGAGCCACGCUGUGUCGCCCAUCGCUAAGUACCACCUCAACAACCACGGCGAGAGUAUACUGGGCAGAAUCAUCCGGGUGACCCAGGAAGUUGCUGAAUACAGAGACUGGAUCACCAUGAAGUGGGCUGCCCUAUCACUGAACUCCCUGACCUUAAAAGGUAAUGUCACGUUGCUGGUGGAGCUUCAGGAGAUGGAGGAAUGCAUCAACAAUCUCUCUGAGGAAGGGGCAGAGUCCCCCAGCUCCUCCUCUCCUCCCCCCUCUUCAUCAUUCUCCUCGCCACAUUCUUCAUCAGCUAGCUCCAGUGACGCUGAUUCGGAUGGAGUCUGCUGUAAACCGGUGACCUCGACGCGGGGUAGGCGAGGCUCAUCUGCACCCAGUGCUGGAUUGACCAAUCACAGGGAUACAAGUUUCUCUUCCAGCAACCACGUAAGCCAGUCGAGCAAGGUGGACAGAGCGAGUUUGAUGUCUUGUCAGAACAGCAAUGCCAACAUACAGCCAAGCACAGGAACAGGACAGUCAUCAGGCAGCAACAGCAAGAGCCACCGAGACAGAAAGCAGAGCUGUCCUGGCAGGAGGAGGAAACUCCAGCCAAAGCGCCAAUGUAAACCUGUAGUGCAGGACCUCUGUAGAUAGAGGACGCUAUGUCACGGAACUCAACUCCACUCUCUGCCGCUGAAACGGGAGGAUCGAGGCAAUCUUACCAGGGCUUUUGGUAGUGAUAUUUUUUAAGCCAAGUUGGAAGGAGAUUUCUCCUAUUUCUGUCAGUUGAAAGGGCAGAUUGACUUCGACCUCGUCUUGAGGGUAUAGUCUUUCUGUAAUAUGAAUAUGGAGGAAGGUUGUCAAGCCUGAACUUUAGCAUUGGCAGUACACCCUGGUUUAUUGGACUAGCAGUUAGUUGGGUCUCUAUUACAUACUGGCAAUUCAACUUUACAGCAGAAAUUACAAGGAAAAAUGUAUGGUUAAACUGUGGAUAUUGUAACUAUAUUGGGUCAAAUGUUUGCACUGACAAAACGAGUCAUUGAACAUUUAAGCUUUUCAGCAACUCCUUCGUUUGUGAUUUUCAAAAGGCAAAAUGGUGGGGAAAGGAAGAAAAAAUUACAAUGAUUAGGGAUUGUAAUAUUAUUUAUUUUUUAAUAAGCUGAAUGAAUAUGGUUUUGCCAUCUCUUGUGGACUGGGCCAAGUGUGGGUUCUAUGUGGCAACUCCAACCAUCAGCAGAAUACAUCCUUGAGUUGCUACAGCCCAAAUGGACCCGUUUCCUUGCAUAAUGGGGAUGAUUUUUGUAAUGAUCUGUUCAAUGGCUAUUUCACAAUACUGUUUAAUCGCGUAAUGGCGAACAGUUUCAUGUUCCUACUGGUAGACUAGACAAUAUCUGUAGUUUGCAAACUUCCUAAUAUGAAAAUAUCAGUACUCAACUAUUUUGCCUAUUACAAAAUGAUUUGUAUUUGUUUCUGUAUUGAUUUUUGUAGUAUAUUUAUAUGAAUCUAUAAUGUGAAGGGGGUAUGCAUGGAACGCUUAGGUAAGAGCCCGUAUGCCUGUUUAAGAGAUGGUUGUGAUGCACAUUUUGUACUGAAUAUCUCAGACAGGCUGUGUCCUAAUAGUCAUACAAUUUCCUUAACUUAUCUGGGCUGGAAGGUGUCCAACACUUUGCUUUCUCUUCCUGUCUAGGCCUUAGCCCUUUAGCGUUCACAGAUCUAAAUGGAUUGGACUAAAUGUAAGCAAUAUGGUGAUCUCCUAGCUGAGGCUGAGUGCAGCUUUUGCCAAGUUGCUUUCAUUCAUCCAAUCCUUUCAGAUCCAUAAAAAGAAUAUGGGCCUAAAUUUGACAUUACAAAUAUAUUUUCAUAAUGUUUGCUCGUAACUUUGCUCGUAACUGUAUUUAUUUAAGUUACUGAAUGUUUAGACGGCACUUUUUCUGUUGUGGAAAUGCCACCAUAUAAGGGUGGGGCCGGGCCACUGCCUGUCCUGGAGUUAGCAAGUCUCUUUGACAUCUCUCUCCACGAUUUAAUACGUUCCCAAAAUUUCUCCUAUACAGUUCAGUUGUAUCCAGACAUUUGUUCCAACCUUCAAGAUACUUUUGUAUAUAAAGUGUAUGUGGACACUCCUUCAAAUUACUGGCUUUGGCUAUUUCAGCUACAUCUGUUGCUGAAGUGUAUAAAAUUGAGCACACAGCCAUACAAUCGCCAUUGUCGUGUCUUCACUAUCAUUAAACUGAAUACUUUGUUUUUAUCAAAGAUUCUCUAAUUAGUUACUCGAUUAAACUGAAUAAUCAUGUAACUAAUUAACUAGGAAGUUGGGGCACCAAGGAAAGUAUUCAGAUUACAAAGUUAUAAUUUCCCAAUAUAACCUUUCAGAUAUUUUCAUAUCUGAUCAAUAGUCUUAUGAUUAAUGAUUUAUUUACUUUACCUCACGUUAGUCUCAUUCCAAAUGUCGUAAAUUGUUGGUUAUCUGCACGAACCCAAUUCUUCACUAUGAGUCAUCCAUACAUCAAUUGUCUUAAAUUCUUUAUUUAUUACUAACUAAGUAAUUAACAUAAAUGCAUAAACAAACAGUAAAUAUGGUUACAUGAAAUGAUAGAUUGUGCCCUAGUGGGCUAAACCGGCAUGGCGGCUUGUUUGACAAAAGGGGAGUGGGGUUUUUACCAAGAAGUCACUACCGAGUUAAUUAUAACAAUUAAAAUGCUAAUCCUUUACACAUGAACACUCACUCAUGUGAACAAUUGCAAUCAAUAUAUAUAUUUACGCUCAGUGUGUCGUCUUGAUCACUGGUGAAAAGUAUUUUGUAGAAUUGUCCGUCUCUCCCUCUCUCUGUCUUGGUUAGAGGGGAUAGUUUAAAGUGACAUUCAUUAUAGAAUGAAUGUUUCGGCGGUUGUCGUUCUUCGCGUUCAAUGAUGCCGAAUUCCUAGCUGCAGACUAGUAAGCAAUAUCAAUUGACUUGUUCUUAUUAUGUCGGUAUCAAUAGUCUUAAGUUUAACCACGUGGUAUGUUUAAAAGAUUCUACAACCUUUAGCCAUCUCGUAAUUGAGGUAAGCUUGGUCUGGUGAUAAUUUCUCAAAGUUGGGUUUUAUUGGGAAUGGCAGAAAAGGGCUGUCCCAGGAUGUCUAACCCUAACUGGGCUCAGGGCCGGUCCAGGAUGUCUGACCCGAACUGGGCUCAGGGGCGGUCCUCUGAUUUAGUUAAAAUCAAAAGGGAAUUGUAUUUUUCUUCAUUAAACGGUCCACAAUCAUAUUACACAAUUAUACAAACAGUAUCAUACUCACUCAUUCAUCUCAUACAACGAUUAGACGUAAACCUCAUAUCUGAGGCUAUUGUAUAAACAGUGUUAUGGUAAUGUGGCCACACCGUCUCUCUUGAGCUUCCCAAGUUGUGCCAAACGCACCAGUUCGUAGCUGGAUUCUUCACCGGUCUUUUACACUUUCUCUGGAACAUGACAUUUGUUUGUACCUCAAGUUCUGUGAGGUGGAAGGAUUUCCUUUGUCUCCAUGAAAAACUACUCUAUAACUGUGUCCAUGAGGUCUUCUCAGGAAUUUACGACCUCUGACCACAGCAGUCUGGUUGUAGAAGCAGAGAGCGGGGGAUGGUGCUCGCUGUACUCAAAGAGGGCAACGUCAUGACACCAUAGACAAACAUUGGCAGAUGAAUGGCCUUACUUGAGCUCAGUGACUUUCAUCAUGGAACCGGAAUAGGAGGCCACCUUUACAAGAAGUCAGUUCAUCACAUUUCUGCCCUGCUAGAGCUGACCCGGUCAACUGUAAGUGCUUUUAUUGUGAAGUGGAAAUGUCUAGGAGCAACAAUGGCUCAGCCGCGAAGUGGUAGGUCACACAAGCUCACAGAACAGGACAGCCAAGUGCUGUAGCACGUAGAAAUCGUCUGUCCUUGGUUGCAACACUCACUACCGAGUUCCAAACUGCCUCUGGAAGCAACGUCAGCGCAAGAGCUGUUCGUCGGGAGCUUCAUGAAAUGGGGUUCCAUGGCCGAGGAGCCGCACACAAGCCUAUGAUCACAAUGCCAAGCGUCGGCUGGAGUGUUGUAAAACUUGCCGCCAAUGGACUCUGGAGCAGUGGAAACACGUUCUCUGGAGUGAUGAAUCAUGCUUCACCAACUGGCAGUGGGAUCGACAGAUCUGGGUUUGGCGGAUGCCAGGAGAACGCUCCCAGCCCCAUUGCAUAGUGGCAACUGUAAAGUUUGGUGGAAAAGGACUAAUGUCCUGGGGUUGUUUUUCAUUGUUUGGGCUAGUCUCCUUAGUUCCAGUGAAGAGAAAUCUUAAUGCUACAGCAUGCAAUGACAUUCUAGACAAUUCUGUGCUUCCAACUUGUGUGGCAACGGUUUUGGGAAGGCCCUUUGUUUCAGCAUGACAAUGCCCUCGUGCACAAAGCGAGGUCCAUACAGAAAUAGUUUGUUGAGAUUGGUGUGGAAGAACUUGACUGGCCUGCACAGAGCCCUGACCUCAAACCCCUCAAACAUCCUUGGGAUGAAUUGGAACGCCGUCUGCGAGCCAGGCCUAAUCGCCCAACAUCAGUGUCCGACCUCACUAAUGCUCGUGGCUGAAUGGAAGCAAGUCCCUGGAGCAAUGUUCCAACAUCUAGUGGAAAGCCUUCCCAGAAGAGAGACAUCUAUUUAUUAUAGCAGUAGAGGGGGACCAACACCAUAUCAAUGCCCAUGAUUUUGGAAAGAGAUGUAUGACGAGCAGGUGUCCACAUACUUUGUCAUGUAGUGUAGCUUGUUAUAAUAUGGAUCAAUGAGAGGAUGUUGUGAAAUAAAUUACAUUUCCCAGUCUGUAGCUGUUAUUGUGUAAAGUACUACCGCUCUGAACCAUUGAGUUCUUCAAACUUCUUUAUUCUAUGCAAUUAGAAUAGAACAAACGAUGACUAAACAAUGUUUUGUUCACUGAAAAUGUAUUUGAUGUGCUCACUGCUCAUUCAUUUCAACACUGAAUUUGUUUUUUUUUCGGGCAGCAUCUUAAUAAUGCAUCUUAAUUUAACAAAAUGCUUAAAUUUGAUAAAAAAUAUUUAUUCAGUAUGUUUAUAUCAUUGCCUAAUGUCUAUGCCAAUUCAAAACCAGUCAACAUUUCAUGCAAAACAAAAAGUCACUUUCCAACCAAUUUGAAAUGGAAUAGGAAAACAUGUUCAUUUUAUUGCUCUGAACCUUUUUGUUUCGUUGAAUGUCAUUUUGUUUUGUUUUUCUCCUCAUUCUCAACAGGAAAUGUACAAUUCCUUCAUUGAAUUGUAUUUUCAUAUUA